GAGAGAGAGAGUGUGUCCGCGCGCCAUGGAAGACGGUCCACAUCUGUGGCACACACAGCUGCUGUGUGCAGCGUCCUGACUCUCAUCCGUUCACCUCCGCGUGGUUAAACGUUUCUGCACGGCGGAUACGGAGCGCGCCAGGAGCAGCAGGAGCAGCGGUAAGAGCGGCAGGAGCGGCAGCGGCCGCCGGUGCGACUCCAACUUGAGCGGCACCAGACAAUGGGAGCAGCUGAGCCGAGCUGCUGCAGCGCCAAGUGCAACUACUACUACUCUUCUUCUUCUUCUUCUGUUUACUACGACCACUGUCACAGCUGCAGCUCUGCCGCGAGAGACACGCGCGAGGAGGUGAAGAAGAAGACGGAGGAGAGCGGGAGACACGCGCCAGCUGAUACGCACGGAUCCACAUCCAGAGCCAGAACCGGGACUGUGGGAUUCAUGUGAGAGAGACGCUGUGAAAAUCUGAGAGAUCUUCCUUUUUUUCCCCUUCUUCCUCUUUUAAUCGGAUUAUAACACACACACACAUUGAGACGCAGCAAAAACUGGAUUAUGUGUGAUUUCUCGCGCUGUGGCUCGCGCACAUUGGACCUCAGGUGUAUUUGUUGUAGCCCGUGAGCGGCUCCUCUUAUUCCUCCUCUUCCUCCCUCCUCCUCCUCCUCGUCCUCCUCCUCUGUGAACCCCCUUCCCUCCCUCCUCACCCCCCCUCACCCCCUCCCUCCUCCUCCCCUCCACCUCCACCUCCAGCUCCGUCCCUGUCGGUGCCGCUGUCCGUGGUCCUGAAACACAUUUUUUUUUUGGAUUCUGGUGGAUUUUCUUCUUCUUCUAAUCUUUUUUCCUUCUUCUUUUUCUUCUUCUCUUUUUUUUGACCAUGAUUCCACGGCCGGUGAUGAGGUCACGGCUCAGCACCGGCCACCUCUGGAUCUGACACCCGCACAGAGAUAUUCACACACACACACGUUGAUACGAAGCGGGACAUUUGCGAGAUCACCUUGGAGCUCCUAAGCAUCAAACCCCCUUCCUCCUCCUCCUCCUCCUCCUCCUCUUCCUCUUCCCUUCUCCUUUUGUCUUUUUUUAUUUUUUUGUGGAGAGUUUGACCCCCACUCCCUCUUCCCUCCCCUCCACACUCACCCACACCUCCCUCCUCCUCCUCCUCGUGAACACAAACAUGAGACUGGCAAAAAUGUGCCGACUAAACGCGCUGGGGAUCUAUUUGUGGGAAACAGUUUUGUUUAUCAGCUUGGCGGCGUCGAAAGAAGCUGCGGCGAGGAAAGCCACGACGCCGAUGCCGCCCUCCGAGUUCCUGGACAAACUCAUGGGCAAAGUGUCGGGUUACGACGCCAGGAUCCGACCGAAUUUCAAAGACCCCAAAGGCUCCAAAAAUGAAGCUACUCACAAGAAAGGUCCGCCUGUGAACGUCACCUGCAACAUUUUUAUCAACAGUUUUGGGUCCAUCGCAGAGACGACGAUGGACUACAGAGUGAACAUCUUCUUGCGGCAGCAGUGGAACGACCCCCGGCUGGCGUACAGCGAGUAUCCUGACGACUCGCUGGACCUCGACCCGUCUAUGUUGGACUCCAUCUGGAAACCCGACUUGUUCUUCGCCAACGAGAAGGGGGCCAACUUCCACGAGGUCACCACCGACAACAAGCUGCUGCGCAUCUCCAAGAACGGCAACGUGCUCUACAGCAUACGAAUAACACUGAUCUUGGCCUGUCCCAUGGAUCUGAAGAACUUCCCUAUGGAUGUCCAAACGUGCAUCAUGCAGCUGGAGAGUUUCGGCUACACCAUGAACGACCUCAUAUUCGAGUGGGAUGAGAAAGGACCGGUGCAGGUGGCCGACGGUCUGACGCUACCUCAGUUUAUACUCAAAGAGGAGAAGGACCUGCGCUACUGCACCAAGCACUACAACACAGGUAAAUUCACGUGCAUCGAGGCUCGUUUCCACCUGGAGCGUCAGAUGGGUUACUACCUGAUCCAGAUGUACAUCCCGUCGCUGCUCAUCGUCAUCCUGUCCUGGGUCUCCUUCUGGAUCAACAUGGACGCCGCGCCGGCUCGAGUGGGUCUGGGCAUCACCACCGUGCUGACCAUGACCACGCAGAGCUCCGGCUCCAGGGCCUCGCUGCCCAAGGUGUCCUACGUCAAGGCCAUCGACAUCUGGAUGGCCGUGUGUCUGCUGUUCGUCUUCUCGGCUCUGCUGGAGUACGCCGCCGUCAACUUCAUCGCUCGCCAACACAAGGAGCUGCUGCGCUUCAGCAGACGGAGGCGACGACACAUGAAGCCUGAGUCUUGGCCUGUGUUGCAGGAGGAUGAGACGGGCGAGGGGCGCUUCAGCUUCCCCGGUUAUGGCAUGGGCCCCGCCUGCCUGCAGGCCAAGGACGGCAUGGCCAUCAAGGGCAACAACAACAACGCGCCGGCCUCGGCCGCGCCCGAGAAGAGCAUCGAGGAGAUGAAGAAGCUGUUCAUCGGCCGCGCCAAACGCAUCGACACAGUGUCCCGCGUGGCCUUCCCGCUCGUCUUCCUCAUUUUUAACAUUUUCUACUGGAUCACUUACAAGAUCAUCCGCAGCGAGGACAUCCACAAGCAGUAGUCGAGAGGCGGAGGAGGCAGAGGCGGAGGUGGAGGUGGAGAAAACGGUGCAAAGAGAAGGAAAAGAAACAAAAAAAGGAGAUAAAGAGAGAUGACUUCACACCAAACCACGCCACCUUUCCUCGUACUCUUCCUUCAUCCUCUUUUGCUCGAGGAUUACGAUGCUUUUCGUGGUUCUGCCUCAAACCCUCCCUGACCCCUACCCCGAUUUGAGAUAUUCAUUGCUUUUUCCCCCUCCCAUCCCCCGUCUUUGUUCUCCUCUCUUGCCCCAGAUCUUGUUCCUAUCUCCUUCUCCCACCUCCUGAAUAAUCUGGACCAGUGCAAUAGCAAUGCAGUAAAAUGCAUGAUAUAUGAAUGUGGCAAUAUAUUAAUGAAAAGAUGAAAAAAAAAGUUUAAAACAUAGAACUUUUGCGGCGGCGCCUGACAAACUCUGGGGCGAUUGGACGGAUGGACACAAACUAAAGGAGAGUCUUAUUUAAAGGUCUUGUGUUUGAUUUUAAGGGUUUUUUUUGUGUGAAGACAGAUAUAUUAUUCUAUAUAAAAUGUGAAUUUAGGAUGGGGUGGUGUAAUAUACUCAUAUAUCUAUCAUGAAAUGGAAUAAAAGUAUGAACUCUACAAGCGUGUGGGCAUCUGGAAACGAGGGAUUUUUCUCAUACACACCCCCUCCUCCCCGGUGGAAAAAGAAGGGAUCGGUGCUUCCAUGAUUUAAAGUGACGCGAGGGUGACGCCUCAUCCUUAUCUAUAUCUAGAUUUGCUUCAAGCGUGUAUUGCCGGCACUCGUCGAUCGUCGAUUUUUUCUCUCUUGAGGUUUUGCUGCUGCCGCUGUCAAUCACAACAACAAUGGACAACAACAAAAAAAACGGAAACUUAAAAAUAUAAAAAAAACACGUGCUGCACGUGCAGCGUUGAAUAUUAUGAAGCGAAAUGUUCUCAUGUAUCUGUGGUUCGACACGUUCCUCUGUAUGUCGUUCAUUUAUUUCAUGUUUAUUUCUUCAUUCGUGUGCCAAUUAAAUUAUUAUGUGGCUGAAAAUGUCCGUCAGGAUGAAGAAGAAGCACUGGUUUUCCACUCACUUUCUUUAAGGUUUUACUGUUUUUGUUUGUUUUUCCAUCGGCUGAAGGACGAACGACUCGACCCUGAGUGGAGUAAAAAUGACCAUGCCCCCUCCCCCACCAUCCUGUGAGGACACGUGUAGAAAAUUGUACAGAUUUAAACACCUGUUAUACCUUAAUUAAGUGUUAAUCUCCAUCUCGUUCACUCGCGCCAACUGUAGCUGCAAACGUCCCGACUUGUAAAAAUAAAAAAACGCUAAAUUCUCAUGCAUUUGGAGUUCAAAGUUCUGUCGUAGCCAUCGUGAAUGGGAUGAUUUAGAUUUUUGUCUGUUUUACUUUGCAGCAGGCUUCUCUAUGCAAUGAUCAGAAUCUGCAGUUAAUGCAGUUUUUUCUUCCUUGUAGCGCCACCUAUCUGUGAGUGGUUUUCGGACUCAUUCAUCCCGCUGCUAAAACCGCUUAUUGUAAAGAUUAUGGACGAGAGUGAGAGGGUGAAGUGAUGAAAACAAAGCUGACGUAGCCAAACCGAACUAAAACAAUGACCUGUCUUUUAUUUGCCGUUUUUGUCUGAACGGUCGUUGUUGUUGUUGUUUUGUCAGGAUUUUUUCCUUUGUUCCUUUGUCACAAAUGCAUUGUUUACUCAAAAACAAUUCCAAAGUGCUUCUUUACAGAAAAAGUCGCAAAAAGUGAGAUUUAAAUUUUUGUAGCAGAGCUUGAACAAAAAAAACAGAUUUAAUAACUCAAAUUUAGUUUUACACAGAGUUUCCACGUAGUUAUGUUACUGCUUUAUGUCUUUGUACAGUGACAUACGGAGAGUUUUCCACAUCAAUAUCAUCUUCUGCCAGCAAAUUAUUGUUAAAAGAUUCUCAGCUUUUUGGGGAAAUAUACAAGAAGAUCAUCAGCAUAUUGUAUGACUUGAUUAUUCCAGCUUUAGAUAAAGUUUUGUUUUUCUUUCUUACAUUUUAAUUUGUGAACAACUGAUGUCACAAUCAGAGUAAAAGGAGCUGCUUGUUGAAUUGUUGGUGGACAUGUUUUUGAAAUUGGGGAGGGUCCCUUUGUCUGUUGUAAGCUCUAGGCUCAUAAAUGACACCUUCACCUCCUUAAAAAAACACAAUAAUUGUAUCUUCAGAUGAUUCUUUUUCAGCUGUUAAACAUUCAUUGUGUUCUAAACUUCUCGAUAGACGUGACGUUCAAAUGAUUUUCAAAUGUUUAAGCCUCAGUCAAACUUGGUUUUGAAGCAAAGCCAAAGAUUUUUUGGUUUUUUUGAAGUAUAGUAACUAUUUGCUCGAUGGUGUGUUCAUUUACAAUAAUGUCUCAUAUAUAAAUGUCAGUGUAUACAAAAUAUUUUCAUAUGGAACACGUUCCUCUACCGUCACAUUUUUAAAAUGUAUUUAUUUAUUUAUGUAUUUAUUUAUUUUAUAACAUUCCUGUUGAAGUGAAAGGAUGUCAUUGCUAACAUGUAUUAUCAUGUUUUUCAUUCUGUUAUUGUUUAUUUAUUUUUUGAGUGUGUCAGACUGAUCCGAAGGGCUAGCUUUUGCCACGCACAUUCUUGUGUUCACAUUCCAACGUGUUUUAACUUUAACCUUAAAAUGGAAGUGCCAUAGAAUACAAUAAAUUCACCCCAGCAACUAUGCAUUUCCUUCUGUAAAAUGCAGUAAAUGUUAGCAUUUUUCAUGGCCAUGAUCACCGAGGACGCACUGAUGUUUUGCUACGAUUAGCAUCAACUGUCACAAACAUGGCUGAUGUCAGUUUCCGAAAAAGAAAGAAUCCCUCAACUCCUGUUUGAGAUUUGAGUGCUAAUAAAGUUAAAGUUAGCUUGCUUGUAGGUGCAAAAUAUGAGAAGAUUAAGCAUGGUUAGGCAAGUCAACAUGCUAGCACACAUGUUCAGCUUGCUUUAUAGAGACGUUAGCUUAGAUAGCAUCUAGUAUUUGAGUCAAAUUACUUUAUUUUUUAAAGCACUGCAGAUAAUCUCUCGUUUUAUGCUUUGCCUACUUUGAAUAAUGUGUAAUGAGGCAAAAACAAUGAUUUAUGUCCAGAUAAAAUGUCUUAUUUUCCCUCAAAAGAAACUCAGUAAAGUAAAUAUUAUGCUAACCUGUGUAGCCGCAAUGUAGCAAACAAUAAGUCAUUAUUCAGAUUUAGAUGUUUAGAUGAAAAGUGUGUGCUUCUUUUCUGGGUAGUCUUUCUGUUUUUGGUCAAAUAUUUGUUCUCUGUAACAUUCUAACGUAGAUACAACCAAAAAAGUGAAUAGGCAGCACAGAUAAAAAUUUGCUUGCUAGUAGCGCUUAUGUACGUAGAAGCAACGAGGCAGAAAAAUCCCUUAAAAAAGCAAGCAACGGUAAUAUUUAGCUUAUAUUUUAAGUAAAAUUCAGACUAGUAUUAAGUAUUCAGCAUGUCAUUAAAGGUUAAAUUAAAGAGCUCUUCAUUUUUUGUGCAUGAUAUUUGAAUGUAAAGAGUCCAAAUGUCCCAAAAAGAUGUAUUUAUUCUUAUUUUGUGCCAAAACUGUGGACACAAACUUUUUUUUUUAGAAACAAACAAAUAAAAAAGAAAACGUAUUUAUUCACCACAAAAAAAGCAGCUCCUGCGACAGUUUCAGUGCUAAUACUGGUAUUCAAUUGUGUAGAAAAAUAACAACAAUAACGACAAAUUUUCAGCCUCCUCAUUGAUCAUGGCCUAAACAACUGACUCUUUUAUUCCCCUCUGUGCCAUAGAACCACCUCCGUUUAUCACCAGUCUCUUUGCCAACAGCAGUCGUCCGACACUUUCUGGGUCCACACAUAUCUUACUGUGCCAUACGUCGUGUGCUGAAUAUGCAACAAAAAGACGAGGACGUCUAUAAGCGCGCGCUAAAACUCACGCACGUCCUGAAAAAAAACGCUGUUUUGACAUGAAGUAUUUUUGACAUAUUCAUACGCUUUUCCUCAGGUGUGAGUGUCGUGUAAAUCAUAGUCACGUUAGAGCUUCACGUCAUUGUAUUAAUCAUUGUUAUUACUCUAUGGGUUGGGGGGGUGGCGGGGGGGAGGGGUACAUAACAUGAGAUAGAUACUGGGUUUAUUGCAUUACGGACAGAACGACUGACGAAGGACUUGUCUUUGGAAGUUUAUAAAUCCUUAUAGGUUGAAGUGGAUUUUAAAGUAGCAUGAUUUGAUUUGUCGAUGAUUAAUAAUUCUCUUUGUUUUUCGGGGGAGGGAGGG